CUGUAUUCUGACGUUUAAAACUUCGCCUUCAGAAAAAAAUCUGUGUUGUUUAUAAAACCUGAGUUGAUCAAUAAAAUCAACAAGCAAGUCAAAAUUUUCUAGAAAUUGAGCAAAAAUUUCGAUGCAAGAACCAACAAAUUUCAACGAUCCUAAUCUCGAACCGAAUGCGGAACCAGUUCCUGAGGCAAGUCCAUCUCCACCGCGGCCAAGCGAUGAUCAGUGGCAAGCAGCAUCCCGAGUGGGUGAAAGUAUCCUUGAAUCUGAUGUGGAACGGAGGACCUUGAAGAACCGUCGUUUUGCAAAAAGAUCUCCAGCUCCGUACAGUAAAUGUCGUCCCAAGGCAGCCCUAACGUCACAAUUCCUGAAUGCAGCCAUGGUCAACAAUACUGAGCUUCUGGAAGAUAUGAUCAACAAGGGCUUUGAUCCGGAUACCAGAGAACAAGCGUUUAAUCGUUCCGCACUGCAUAUAGCUUGUAGCAGAGGUUUUACCGAUGCCGUUCGGUUACUGCUAGAGAAGGGGGCCAAUCCCAACAUAAGAGACCUAAACGAAAAUACGCCCCUCCACUUGGCCUCUUGUACGGAGAAUAUUGCCAUCAUAGAUUUACUGCUCAAGUAUGGUACAAAUGUUACGCUUCGUGAUGCAAGCGGAUUGAUUGCGUUGGAGAUUGCAAUAGGAAAGUUACGAUUGUCGGACAGGAUAAUCUCGAAAAUGCAACGACUCACAAAAAGUGACAUCCAUAAUCAUCGGAACAAUGUGGUUCGAGUUUGUGAAAUGAUUUUCCGAGUCUUCAAACAACAGGUUCGCGGUGGAAGUCUGCUGUAUCUGGAUCCGAGCGAAGCGGGACAUUUACAACAGCGCCAAUUAGAGGAACUGCUGGAAGACCUUAGUGAUCAGCUGAGUAGAAUAAGAAACAGAAACAUUGACUUUGAUGCCAUCGUGGAUCAGGUGGAAAAUUUGAAUCUUAGAAGUGAAAUAGAUAGCGACGUGAAUACGCUGCUUUCUACGUUGCAAAAAUUGUCAGUUUGAAUUUGCCUCCAACCGGAAAUUUCUUUCAAAUACCAUACAAAAUUACCGUAAUAAAAAU